UUGGGGUCGCGCAGCCGCAGCCCCAGUCCGGAGGCUCCCGGUGGUGCGCUGGGCGCUGCCGCCGCUGCUGCUGCUGCGGGACCCCCGCCGCUACCCGGGCCCCCUCUGCCACCCGGGCCCCGGAUGCCGUCUGCACUCCGGUCGAGCCUGCUGGAGAGUGCGCCCCAGCCUGGACGCCGCCCCCGGCCUGGUCUCCACUCCUCCGCUGCACCUCCCAUGACAGCUCCCGCUCGAAGAUGGCUGCGAAGGGCGCGCACGGCACCCACCUGAAGGUGGAGAGCGAGAUGGAGCGCUGCCGCGCUGAGGGCCAGUGGGACCGCAUGUUCGAGCUGGUCCGGCAUCUGCAGGUGCUGGGCAUUUCCGGCGGCGGCAGUAGCAACCGGCGAAACAGCCCGAGCGGCAGGUUCACCUCUCUGGACACCGACGAUUUUGGGAAACUGCUACUGGCGGAGGCCCUUCUGGAGCAGUGUUUGAAGGAUAACCACGACAAAAUAAAAGACUCCAUCCCUUUGCUGGAGAAGACCGAUCACAGGCUGAAUGAAGCCAAGGAGCACCUGAGCAGUGUCCUUAAUAACGGGAAGCUGCCGCCACAGUACAUGUGUGAGGCCAUGCUGGUCCUGGGCAAGCUGCAUUACGUGGAGGGCUCAUACCGGGACGCCAUCAGCAUGUACGCACGGGCCGGGAUUGAUGACAUAUCCGUGGAGAACAAACCCCUGUAUCAGAUGCGGCUGCUGUCGGAGGCCUUCGUCAUCAAAGGCCUCUCCCUGGAACGCCUGCCCAACUCCGUCGCCUCCCACAUCCGCCUGACCGAGCGGGAGGAGGAGGUGGUUGCCUGUUUUGAGAGGGCCUCCCGGGUGGCUCAGGUGUUCCUGCAGGAGCUGGAGAAGACCUCAAACAACAGCACAUCAAGACACCUGAAAGGCAGUCUCUCGGCUGACUAUGAACUGUCCUACUUCUUGGAAGCUGCCCUCCAGAGCGCAUAUGUGAAGAAUCUGAAAAAGGGGAACAUCGUAAAAGGCAUGAGGGAGCUCCGGGAGAUCCUGAGGACUGUGGAGACCAAAGCAACGCAGAACUUCAAAGUGACGGCAGCCAAGUGCCUGGCAGGGGUCCUGCUGCACUCCCUGAGUGAGGACUGCUACUGGAGCCCCCUGUCCCAGCCUUUGCCUGAGUUCAUGAGCAAAGAGGAGAAUUCUUUCGUCACUCAGACUCUUCGGAAACCCCACCUCUACGAAGGAGACAACCUCUACUGCCCAAAAGACAACAUAGAGGAGGCCCUCUUGCUGCUGCUCAUCAGCGAGUCCAUGGCAACUCGGGACGUGGUACUGAGUCGGGCACCGGAGCAGGCAGAGGACCGGAAAGUGAGCCUGCAGAAUGCGUCAGCCAUCUACGACCUCCUGAGCAUCACACUGGGCCGGCGAGGCCAGUAUGUCAUGCUUUCUGAGUGCCUGGAACGAGCCAUGAAGUGUGCAUUUGGAGAGUUUCACCUUUGGUACCAAGUGGCCCUCUCCAUGGUGGCGUGUGGGAAGUCAGCCUACGCCGUGUCGCUGCUCCGUGAGUGCAUGAAGUUGCAACCGUCGGACCCCACUGUGCCCCUGAUGGCUGCCAAGGUCUGCAUUGGGUCCCUGCACUGGCUGGAAGAGGCAGAACACUUUGCCAUGGUGGUAAUUGACCUUGGAGAGGAAGCUGGAGAGUUCCUGCCUAAGGGCUACCUGGCCCUGGGCCUCACCUAUAGCCUGCAGGCCACUGAUGCCACCCUGAAGUCCAAGCAAGAUGAACUUCACCGCAAAGCGCUGCAGACGCUGGAGAGAGCCCAGGAACUGGCACCCGAUGACCCCCAGGUUAUCUUCUAUGUCUCUCUGCAGCUGGCGCUCGUCCGACAGAUCUCCAGCGCCAUGGAGCGCCUUCAGGAGGCCCUGGCCAUGCGCAGGGACGAUGCCAACGCCCUGCACCUGCUGGCGCUGCUCUUCUCUGCCCAGAAGCAUCACCAGCACGCCCUGGAUGUCAUCAAUAUGGCCAUCUCUGAGCAUCCUGAAAAUUUCAACCUGAUGUUCACCAAGGUGAAGCUGGAGCAGGUGCUGCGAGGCCCGGAGGAAGCCCUCGUGACCUGCAGACAAAUGCUGCGGCUAUGGCAGACCCUCUACAACUUCUCUCAGCUGGGGGGCCUGGAAAGGGAUGGCAGCUUUGAAGGCCACACAGUGAAGAAACAGAAUGGGAUUCACCUGACUCUGCCAGAUGCCCAUGAUGCAGACUCUGGCUCCAGGCGGGCGUCAUCUAUUGCAGCCUCGAGGCUGGAAGAGGCCAUGUCGGAACUAACCAUCACAACCUCAGUCCUAAAGCAGGGCCCCAUGCAGCUGUGGACCACACUGGAGCAGAUCUGGCUCCAGGCUGCUGAGCUGUUCAUGGAGCAGAGACAACUCAAGGAAGCAGGCUUCUGCAUCCAGGAGGCUGCGGGCCUCUUCCCCACCUCUCACUCCGUGCUCUACAUGCGAGGCCGGCUGGCUGAGGUGAAGGGCAGCUUUGAAGAGGCCAAGCAGCUCUACAAGGAGGCACUCACCGUAAACCCGGAUGGCGUGUGCAUCAUGCACAACCUGGGUCUCAUGCUGAGUCAGCUGGGCCACAAGAGCCUGGCCCAGAAGGUGCUGCGGGAUGCCGUGGAAAGGCAGAGCACUUACCAUGAAGCCUGGCAGGGCCUGGGGGAGGUGCUGCAGGACCAGGGCCACGACGAAGCUGCUGUGGACUGCUUCCUGACCGCCCUGGAGCUGGAGGCCAGCAGCCCCGUGCUCCCCUUCUCCAUCAUCCCCAGAGAGCUGUGAGCCCCUGCGGCAGGAAGGCAGCCGCGGGGCAGGGCAGGGCAGGCUCCUGGGGGCAGACACAGGCAGGGGACAGGGAAGGGCAUGCAUCUAGAUGUGGGGCCUCAGGGAAUAGAUGACUAGUGACACUUCCACAGGCUUCCACGCCACGUCUCCCCCACACUCCACCCCUGCAGGCCCAGCUGGGCCUGAGCUCCCAUCUGAAGCUGGGUGGACAAGAUUUGCAUCCAAAACAAAUGCCUUGCUCUCUGGAGGCUGACUUUGCUCAGCACCUUUUAGAUAAAAGGUGUGUCCUGGAGCCAGUGCCUUCCUCGGCCUCUGCUGCCCCUGGAUUCCCUGGUUUGGGAUGAACCGAUCUUGAGUUUGUGUGCCAUAGAGGUGGGCUUGCUGGCCAGCCGUCCUCUGGCUGACCAGACUUUUCCUGGAUGCCUUUCUUGGUGCCUUGGGAGACAGACCGGCUUGAAUCUGAGCGACCUCGCAGCACUGUGCGCAGACAUGCUGGGGAACCCGGAUCCAUUUCCCCAUCCGUGUCAGGACAGUGCAGGCUUGAAGCCUUGCCCAGGACAGCCCCAGCUUGAGGUCCCUGACACAGGAGGGCAGUGGGCUCCUGGGUUCCUCAGGCUCAAUCAGUGCUGUUGCUGCCCGGUGUUUCCAUUAGGGGUUGGUUUCCUAGGGGCUGCAUGUGCCCUCUGUACCAUCAAGCGCCUUUGGGGCUCGUGUCACCAGGUCCCUACACACACUUCACCCGCCUUCCAUUUUCCCCACCGUCAUCGCCCUGGAGACACACCCCAGCCAGUAGACUCCAUGGGCCCUGUGCCAUUGGCCUCUAGGAUACGCUUUGGAAUACAAAACAGGGUUCUGACGUAGCCAUUUCUAGUGCCUUGAGCACACCGUCCCUUAGGCUUUCCCUGCAGUGCAGGGCCCGCCUGUUUGGCUGAGUGACGCCCAGGUGACCAUUUAUAGGCCUCAGCCCAGCACGCCUCAUCACCCACACCCAGUUUUCACCUGAGGCUGUGCUGAGUGACCCAAAGCCCCAGCGUGGCCUUUUGUGCUCCCCUGCCUAGAUUCCCGCAGACGCCAUGCUCAUCUCGGGUGGAGACGGAGGGCGAACCUGACCCCCUCUGUUCUGUGCCCAUGUGCUCCCUCCCUGGCUCGUUAGCCAUGCGCUCUGGUUUUGAGACUUUCCCUCAGGAAGCCGUCCCCCAAGCCUAGCAGAGUUCCUUUCUGUCUUCCCUACUCUGGGUGGAGCUCCUUCAGGUUCUCCUUGCUCUUGGUUAGAAUGUGGAAAGGGGCUGGGAGCUGCCCCGGAUUACCAUGGCCACCGACCUUUCUCCUUGGGAGGAGAAAGCUGUUGGGGACUGACUGGCUCCACGGGGUACUGACUGAUGCACCCUGUUUGUCUCCUCGUGUUCCCAGAGAGCUGGGGCUCCGGGCCACAGCCACAGCCCAAAGGGAGAAUAUUCAGUGCUUGAUUGAAGGGUCUCUAUGUGUAAAUGUGUAUAUAAAUAAAUAUAUAUGUAUGUAUGUAUACAUAUAUAUAUAUUCUAGAGAUCUAUAUUUUUAUGGAAUUCUGUUGAGUACAAAGCAAAGCAGAGCAGAUCCUGUUGGCCUACCUUGAUGGUCAAUCCUGGCAGUGGGAAAGACAGUAAAUGCAUUCUGACUAAGCAUUCCUCUUUGGAGGCCCUGGGAGACAGGCCGAGUACCUGACAGUGACUUUGGAAAUUGAAUAAAAGACCCUUGCCGGGGAAACAGGACAGUC